AUGGAUUUUCUGUCAUCCAUAUUUAUGGCCCAAUCUGCAUUUGAGAAGCCUAUUAAGUCUAAGUUAGUGGAUGGUUUAAUGUUGGGGGAACUCAUGAAUUGGUUGAGCUUGUUGACUGAGAAAGCUAUAUCAGGUGUUAUGUUCUUUAAGUAUUGCAAUGCUUCUAUAGCUUGUCUAAACAAGGUUGGGUCUUCUAACUUCUCCCCAGUUGUUAACGUGCAGGACCAGACUGUGUGGGUUGAGUCGGGGUCAACGAUUGGUGAACUUUAUUACGGGAUUGCUGAGAAGAGCAAGAUCCUUGGUUUCCCAGCUGGGGUGUGUCACAGUGUUGGUGUUGGAGGGCACUUCAGUGGAGGAGGGUAUGGGAACAUGAUGAGAAGGUUUGGUAUCUCUGUGGAUCAUAUUUUGGAUGCCCUAAUUGUGGAUGCUGAAGGGAGAGUCUUGGACAGGAAAGGAAUGGGGGAGGAUCUUUUCUGGGCCAUUAGAGGAGGUGGGGGAGCAAGCUUUGGGGUCAUUGUUUCAUGGAAAAUCAAGUUGGUUCCCGUGCCUGAGGUUGUAACGGUUUUCAGAAUUGAGAAAACAUUGGAACAAGGUGCCAGUGAUAUUGUUCAUCAGUGGCAGUAUGUUGCUAAUAAGAUACAUGAUGGUUUGUUUAUUAGAGUGGUUCUUAGUCCUGUGACAAGAAUGGGUAAGAAGACGAUAAGGGCCAAGUUCAACGCUUUGUUUCUCGGAAAUGCACAAGAGCUGGUUCAUGUGAUGAACGCGAGCUUCCCUCAACUGGGUUUAGUUGGUGAACAGUGCAUUCAACUGAGUUGGAUCAAUUCCGUGUUGUUCUGGGAUAAUUUUCCAGUGGGGACUUCCGCUAAAGCUUUGCUUGAAAGGCAUGGUACACCAGAGAAAUUCCUGAAGAAGAAAUCAGAUUACGUGCAGAAACCCAUUUCCAAAGCUGCUCUUGAAGGUAUAUGGAAGAAGAUGAUGGAAUUAGAAAAGCCUGUUCUCACACUCAACCCUUAUGGGGGGAAAAUGAGUGAGAUUUCUGAGAAGGAAACACCAUUUCCACACAGGGGUGGUAACAUAUAUAAAAUUCAGUACUCAGUGAUUUGGAAAGAGAAGAGUGAAGAUGUUGCUAAUCGAUCUUUACAUGCGAUUCGGAGCCUGUAUGAUUACAUGACCCCUUAUAUGUCAAGCUCACCUAGGAGUUCAUAUUUGAACUAUAGAGAUGUUGAUAUAGGUGUCAAUGGACCUGGAAAUGCUACUUAUGCUCAGGCUAGUGUUUGGGGUAAGAAGUAUUUCAAAACAAACUUUGAUAGGCUGGUGAAGAUAAAGAGCAAGGUAGAUCCAAGCAAUUUUUUCAGAUAUGAACAGAGCAUUCCAUCACUUGCAUCUGCUCAUAGUAUAGUGUCAGUAUAG